CUUACAUUAAUUUAUUUCAUUUUACAUAAUUUUACAUUAUUUUUACAUUAUUAUUACCAUUUUGUAGUGUCAGCUGGGUGAUAAAUUUAUUGCGUAAAAUUUGAAAUGUAAAAUAUUUUGAUGAGUUCAAGGUAUAAAAGAAAUUAUGAAAACUGCUGGGGGCCGGAAAAAAUUAAAAAUGUGUUGGAGGAGAGGGUGGCGGAGCUUAAAAGUGACAAGCCUAAAAGUAAGUCCAGAAUUAAACUUUUAAGGGCGAAAAUUUCAAAAUUAAACAAGGCCUUGGAGGGGAAAACAACCGCUGGAGGACAAAUCUCACCAAAACAACAGAAUAUCGCCAAAAAUAAAAAUUUAACUAAAUCCUCGAAAUUAACUAAAAUUAAAAAAUUACGCAGGAAAAGAAUAAGGAAAAUAUGCUUUAAAUGCCGGAAAAGGGGACAUUUACUGGAAGAUUGUAAGGAAAAUGACACAAAGCCAAUCUGCUUCAAAUGCGGCUCCGAUAAUCACACACUCAAAAAUUGUACACUUCCAAACCAAGAGUUACCGUAUGCGAGUUGUUUUGUGUGUGGUGAGAGGGGUCAUUUAUCAUCGCAAUGUCCGGAGAAUCCCAAGGGUAUAUUUCCUAAAGGCUCCGGGUGUCAUUUCUGCGGCUCAGUCCGCCAUAAAAAAGCCAACUGCCCUGAAUACACAAAAUCCCACCAAUCUUCCAAUAAUUAAAUUUUAUUAAUUUUUCA